AUGCGGAACAAUCGAUUGACCAACUUUUCGAUUGCUACUUUGGAUCAACUGUUCAUGGUGGAUGUGUCAAACAACCAUUUUACCACUGAGCUUCCUCCAGACUCGUUCAUAGGUUUGAAGCAACUGCAAGUUCUGCAUGCUGCUAAUGUCGGCUUGAAAACUCUAAAGAAGCCAUACUUUUCACACUUGAAAAAUCUACGACGGCUUGACCUGAGUGGGAAUGGAAUUGAGUUGGUUGAAGUGGGCGCUUUCACUUCAGAGUACGACAAUAACUUUGAGCUUCGCGACAUAAACCUGUCACACAACCGAAUUCGCCGUUUACCGGAAAACAUCUUUUUGGUGCUCCGUCAGCCUGAGCACAUCAACUUGGCAGACAAUCGUCUGGAGAAGGUGGAUGAGAUUUUCAAGUUCAAUCGAGACAUGGUGCAGUUUUCACCGGUCCAAAUUAUCCUGUCGAAUAACUCACUGAGAAACGACCACUUUACCGCUGACACAUUUAAGCAUUUGCUAGCCCGACAGCAUUACAUUGAAUUGGACCUGUCACACAACAAACUCGCCUGGGUCAGUGAGGCAGCAUUUGGGAAGUUGCUUCACGAGGACAGUCGAAAUGUAGUACGACUAAAUCACAAUUUAAUGCAGUGUACGAACUGCAGGAACCGUUGGCUGAUUGAGCGAGCAGCUGCCAACCCCAACUUCCUCAAGACUAUAAGCUUGGACAACUGCAUCGAGAACAAACAGUUGGUCGAUUUGAAAUUGUCCGACUUUAAGCACUGCAAUUAG